GUGAUGCUGCUGUCACUGGCUCCCCGGGCUCCCGGGAAGCCGCGAGUUUCCGCAGGGAGGCGGCGGCGGCAGCCGCGGCCGGGCUGGACCCACAGGUCUUCAACCUGUGCUCAGAGUCAACAGUUCUCACAGCAAAGGUGGCACUUUUUCUUCAUUUGCAUAAAAUGAGGAUGACGUGGUUAGCCAAAUCAGAAGCUCAACCUCACAGAGAGUCCAGCCUGCUGCUCUGAUGCCGAAGGGAAGACAGAAAGUGCCACACUUGGAUGCCCCCCUGGGCCUCCCCACCUGCCUCUGGCUGGAAUUAGCCGGGCUCUUUUUAUUGGUUCCCUGGGUCAUGGGCCUGGCAGGGACAGGUGGGCUAGAUGCCCAGGGCACAGGGGGGCUGAGCUGGGCUGUGCAUCUAGACAGUCUGGAAGGUGAGAAAGAGGAAGAAAAUCUGGAGCAGCGGGCACAUGCUGUGGCCCAGGCAGCAGGAUUGGUGAACGCCGGACGCAUCGGAGAGCUCCAGGGCCACUACCUCUUUGUCCAGCCAGUUGGGCACAAGCAGGCCAUGGAAGCGGAAGUCAUCCGGCAACAGGCAGAGGCUGUGUUGGCCAGGCAUGAAGCUGUGCGUUGGCACUCAGAGCAGAGGCUGCUGAAGCGGACCAAGCGCAGCGUCCACUUCAAUGAUCCAAAGUACCCACAGCAGUGGCACCUGAAUAACCGCCGGAGCCCUGGCAGGGAUAUCAACGUGACAGGUGUGUGGGAGCGCAAUGUAACUGGACAAGGGGUGACAGUGGUGGUAGUGGACGAUGGAGUGGAGCAUACCAUCCAGGACAUUGCACCCAAUUAUAGCCCAGAGGGUAGCUAUGACCUCAACUCUAAUGACCCUGACCCUAUGCCCCACCCGGAUGUGGAAAAUGGCAACCACCACGGCACGCGGUGUGCAGGAGAGAUUGCUGCUGUGCCCAACAACAGCUUCUGCGCAGUGGGUGUAGCCUAUGGGAGCCGCAUAGCAGGUAUCCGGGUACUGGAUGGACCACUCACAGACAGCAUGGAGGCUGUGGCAUUCAACAAGCACUAUCAGAUCAAUGACAUCUACAGCUGCAGCUGGGGCCCAGAUGAUGAUGGGAAGACGGUGGACGGUCCCCACCAGCUUGGAAAGGCUGCCUUACAACAUGGAGUGAUGGCUGGUCGCCAGGGUUUUGGGAGCAUCUUUGUAGUAGCCAGUGGCAAUGGAGGCCAGCACAAUGACAACUGCAACUAUGAUGGCUAUGCCAACUCCAUCUACACAGUCACCAUAGGUGCUGUGGAUGAGGAGGGUCGGAUGCCUUUCUAUGCAGAGGAAUGUGCCUCCAUGCUGGCAGUCACCUUCAGUGGUGGGGACAAGAUGCUCCGGAGCAUUGUGACCACUGACUGGGACCUUCAGAAGGGCACUGGCUGCACAGAGGGCCACACAGGGACCUCAGCUGCAGCACCUCUGGCAGCUGGCAUGAUAGCCCUCAUGCUGCAGGUACGGCCCUGCCUCACAUGGCGUGAUGUCCAGCACAUCAUUGUCUUCACAGCUACCCAGUAUGAAGACCGCCGUGCAGAUUGGCUCACCAAUGAAGCAGGCUUCAGCCACAGCCACCAGCAUGGCUUCGGCCUGCUCAACGCGUGGAGACUUGUCAAUGCAGCCAAGAUCUGGACAUCUGUCCCUUACUUAGCUUCCUAUGUCAGUCCCGUGCUGAAAGAGAACAAGGCUAUUCCACGGUCACCUGGCUCCCUGGAGGUCCUAUGGAAUGGAAGUGGUCAAACCAGAGCCAUGGCAGGAGAAGGAGUGGCCAAAGGAGGGAGCCCAGGAGGAAGGAAGGAGGGGGCAGCCUCCCUCGGGUGGAGCUUUCGCCAAGAAGAGACGGACCUGGAGAUGUCAGGACUGAAGACCCUGGAGCAUGUGGCAGUGACAGUCUCCAUCACUCACCCACGACGCGGCAGCUUGGAACUGAAACUGUUUUGCCCCAGUGGCAUGAUGUCCCUUAUCGGCGCCCCCCGCAGCAUGGACUCGGAUCCCAAUGGCUUCAACGAUUGGACCUUCUCCACUGUGCGGUGCUGGGGGGAGAGGGCAAAAGGCAUCUACAGACUCCUUAUCAGGGAUGUAGGAGAUGAGCCGCUCCAGGUUGGCAUCCUCCAGCACUGGCAGCUGACCCUGUAUGGCUCUGUGUGGAGUCCAGUAGACAUCAGGGACAGACAAAGGCUGUUAGAAAGUGCCAUGAGUGGAAAAUAUCUACAUGAUGGCUUUGCUCUACCUUGCCCACCUGGGCUGACAAUUCCUGAGGAAGAUGGUUACACCAUUACCCCCAACACCCUGAAGACCCUGGUGCUGGUGGGCUGUUUCACCAUCUUCUGGACCAUUUACUACAUGCUGGAAGUAUAUCUGAGCCAGAGGAAUGUGGCUUCCACUCCAGGCUGUAGGAGUGGACCCUGCCACUGGCCCCAACAGAGCCGAAAAUCCAAGGAAGAGGGGACAGAGCUAGAAUCAGUGCCACUUUGCAACAGCAAGGAUCUAGAUGGAGCAGAGACAGAGAGAGGGGGCCCUUCUACCACCUCUGGCCUCCUCACCUCAGACCUGCUCGAUGAAGAGGACUGGAGCAUAUCCCAGAACAAGAAUCCUCAGCACCAACCCUUAGACCUGUUGCAGGGAAAGGAGGAGCAGAUUUGUUGACCUCGGGGCCUGAUAGACUCAAUGUGGACAGGUUCUUCCUUCCCAACUUUGGGGAGCUCUGGAGAGAAAGCAGUCCUGAUGCUUACAUAUGGAACCCAAGGCCUAAACAGUAUGUUUGGGCUGCCCUCAGGGAGGGUAAGGGCCUUCCUCAGUACAAGUGGCAGAGGACUGAUGCAAGAGAACAGUCUGGUGAAACACAGGAUCCUUCUCCCUCAGACUGGGAGCUUUUGGUGAGAAGGUCCUAGACAAGGGAUUGGUGCCUGCAUGGGGCAGGCCUCCCUCCAUCCCCAUUCUCUCUCAGGCAAGCCAGUGAUUUAAGUCAUAGGGACCCCUGCUCAUGCAUGGGUGGAGAAGGUGCCUGCAUCACCAGGAACAUGACUGGGUUACUUGGGAAGAGGGCUUGUGGGAGGCUGGGUAAAACCCCCUACAUGCCUGCCCACAAGCAGCUGCCUCCAUUGUCCCUCCCUGCACUCCUGGUCUGAAGCCAACUUUGAACGUGCCCCUGACUCCCUCUGUCGUCACCCCCCACCCUUCCUCCUUCUGAAGGAUCAGUAUGGUGCUCCUGGUACAGCUGAGAAGGGGCACUGCUCCCCAGGGCCCAUGCCACUUCAUCAGGAAGUCUGUGGCAGGAUUGUGGACAGGUGUGAGACAAGUGUUUUAGGAGACAGCCUGGGGAGCCACUGCCACUUAACUAACCCUAUGACCACCCUGUCUUCCUCUGCAAAGUGCUCAGGGAAAUGGCCUUCCCCCGGGAGGCCUCUGUCCGCCUGACAGGCUGUUACUUUUGCUCCCUCUCUUGGCCUCCUCCCUUCUGAGCUGAUUCGUUGAUUUGAAUUUUUUUAAUGCUUAAGAUUUGAUUUUUCACAGCAACAUUUUGUUGAUUUUUUUUCUGCACAGCUUUUCCAAAAUAAAAAGCUUCCAAACAAUU